AUGGAGCGAUGCAAGGUGAGAGGGAGCAGAUCGAAGGCGAAUAAAGCGGCUGCGUGCAAAAAACACCCCAAGCACAGGCAAUCGCCGGGAGUCUGCUCCAUCUGCCUGCGCGAAAAGCUCUCAAACCUCUCCAAUUGCGGCGAAAAUUCGAGAUCGGCGAGAUCUCCAUCCGCCGUUUCCUCUCUCUCCUCCUACGCCUCUUCUCUCUCCUCCUCCUGCGCCUCGCCGCCGCCGGAGCUCACGAUCUCCGUCGCCUUCUUCAGGAAGAGCAGAUCCAUGGCGGUGGUGGUGCCGCGGGGAAGAGCGGAAGAGGCCGAUCGGAAUCGCGAGAAGGAGAUUCGGAUUGUGAAGGGAGGGUUUUGGUCCAAAUUGUUGCCACAAAAGAGUAGAGGGAAAUUGAUGCAUUCCAGAACUACAAGAGAGAUCAAAGGAUCGUUGCAUCACUUCACUUGA